UACAGAUUUUUUUUUGUAAGAGUAUUAGACGAAUAUUCGCAUAGCAUUUUAAUUAUUUGCUAAAGUUCUUAAUUCAAAAUGAUUGGAAAGAACGCGAAACUGUUUUUUAGUGUGUCUGUGUGUGCUUUGAUUGUGGCCAUAGUCCUAGCAUCGUGGGGUUUCCCGAAGAUCGUCCAGAAACAAAUACACAAAAGUUUACAAAUCGAAAAUUCGUCAAUGAUGUUCGAAAAAUGGCGUGAAUUGCCAGUACCACUACAAUUUAAAGUUUAUCUAUUCAAUGUGAGCAACGCUGAAGACGUGAAUGAUGGAGCUAAACCCAUAUUAAAUGAAAUCGGUCCAUACGUUUAUAAAGAAUAUCGAGUCAAAAGAAUAUUGGGUUACGGGCCAAACGACACGAUUAGGUACAUGCUAAAGAAAACAUUUCAAUUCGAUCAAGAAGCGUCGGGCACUCUGAGUGAAAACGAUGAUGUUACUCUGAUUAACUACUCCUACUUGGCAGCUAUUUUGACGGUACUGGACAUAAUGCCAGUAGCAGCAGUUCUCGUGAACAGUGCUCUCGCCACCUUUUUUCCAAAUCUGACAGACCCAUUCAUGAGGGUCAAAGUGAAGGACAUUCUCUUCGACGGAAUAUUCCUCAACUGCGUCGGCGAAAAUUCGGCUUUAUCUCUAGUCUGCGGUAAAAUAAGACUAGAAAAACCGAGCGUAAUGCGACCUGCUGAAGACGAUAAAGGAUUUUAUUUCUCUAUGUUUGGUCAUCUCAAUACAACAGAAUCCGGCCCGUAUGAUAUGAAUCGUGGUAUUGAAAACAUUCACGAAUUGGGUCAUAUAGUCGCUUAUAACAAUAAGACCACCAUGAACCAGUGGGGCGAUCCGUACUGCGGACAAAUCAAUGGAUCAGACAGCUCAAUAUUCCCGCCGAUUGAAGGAAACCCACCCGAUAAGAUCUAUACAUUUGAGCCAGAAAUUUGCCGAUCCUUCUCUGCAAGCCUGGUUGGUCCGCGUGAGAUAUUCAACUUAAGCGCCUACUAUUAUGAAAUUGACGAAAUGCUUUUCGCCGCAAAAAGUGCGAAUCCGAACAACAAAUGUUUUUGUAAAAAGAACUGGAGCGCCAAUCACGACGGGUGUCUUCUCAUGGGUUUACUGAACAUAGAACCGUGUAAGAACGCACCAGCGAUCGUCUCUUUGCCGCACUACUACCUCGCAUCAGAAGAAUUACUCGACUAUUUCGACGGAGGAAUCCAUCCUGAUAAGGAAAAGCACCGUAGCUUCGUCUAUUUGGAAGCCACAACAGGUGUCGUAAUAAAAGGCCUCCAACGACUCCAGUUCAACAUUGAACUACGGAAUUCUCCGGCAAUUCCGCAGUUAGAAAACGUUCGAACCGGACUAUUUCCUCUACUCUGGAUCGAGGAGGGCGCAGAAAUACCAAAAAAUAUCCAAGAAGAACUUCACCAAGCGAAUAAGCUACUGGGCUACGUCGAAGCCAUCCGCUGGGUGAUACUAGGGUUAGCGAUAAUAUUGUGCAUUGCGGGCGCGUUUUGUGUGUCCCGAGCUGGAGGACUCAACCCGUGGCCGAACCGCAACAGUGCUCUAGUCUGCGGUAAAAUAAGACUAGAAAAACCGAGCGUAAUGCGACCUGCUGAAGACGAUAAAGGAUUUUAUUUCUCUAUGUUUGGUCAUCUCAAUACAACAGAAUCCGGCCCGUAUGAUAUGAAUCGUGGUAUUGAAAACAUUCACGAAUUGGGUCAUAUAGUCGCUUAUAACAAUAAGACCACCAUGAACCAGUGGGGCGAUCCGUACUGCGGACAAAUCAAUGGAUCAGACAGCUCAAUAUUCCCGCCGAUUGAAGGAAACCCACCCGAUAAGAUCUAUACAUUUGAGCCAGAAAUUUGCCGAUCCUUCUCUGCAAGCCUGGUUGGUCCGCGUGAGAUAUUCAACUUAAGCGCCUACUAUUAUGAAAUUGACGAAAUGCUUUUCGCCGCAAAAAGUGCGAAUCCGAACAACAAAUGUUUUUGUAAAAAGAACUGGAGCGCCAAUCACGACGGGUGUCUUCUCAUGGGUUUACUGAACAUAGAACCGUGUAAGAACGCACCAGCGAUCGUCUCUUUGCCGCACUACUACCUCGCAUCAGAAGAAUUACUCGACUAUUUCGACGGAGGAAUCCAUCCUGAUAAGGAAAAGCACCGUAGCUUCGUCUAUUUGGAAGCCACAACAGGUGUCGUAAUAAAAGGCCUCCAACGACUCCAGUUCAACAUUGAACUACGGAAUUCUCCGGCAAUUCCGCAGUUAGAAAACGUUCGAACCGGACUAUUUCCUCUACUCUGGAUCGAGGAGGGCGCAGAAAUACCAAAAAAUAUCCAAGAAGAACUUCACCAAGCGAAUAAGCUACUGGGCUACGUCGAAGCCAUCCGCUGGGUGAUACUAGGGUUAGCGAUAAUAUUGUGCAUUGCGGGCGCGUUUUGUGUGUCCCGAGCUGGAGGACUCAACCCGUGGCCGAACCGCAACAGUGUCAGUUUUAUUUUAAGGCCUGGCAACACUAUUGAUAUUAAUAAAGUACGUUAAUUUUUUUUGCCAGUUAAAAUAUA